GAUAAUACACAGGAAAAUCUUUUUAGCACUGCAAGGGUCAGGUAUUUCCAGCCACUACCUGUUCCCAGCUUACAUGAGUUUGCCAAGAUCUUCCAGGGUGCCUUCCAUCCUCUUUGCAGGAUGGACAAAAGAUGGAAUAGACUAUUACAAGAUCCUGGGGGUCACUCAAAAUGCCUCCCAUGAUGAUAUUAAAAUGGCGUACAGAAUGCAGCUGAAGAAGUGGCAUCCUGAUAAAAACCUGGAUAACAAAAAAGAGGCUGAAGAGAAGUCAAAGGAGAUAAUGGAAGCAUACAAAGUGCUGUCAAAUGAGAACAAACAUAACCUUCCCUGUUCCCUCAGUGAUAAACAGAAUGAAACUGGUGUGCUGUCUGCUCAUGAGAAACCCAAGAACAGUAGCCCAAGAAAAGAGGAAUCCCACACAAAAUUGGAUAAACAGAGCAUUCAAGAAACUGAGUCCACUUCAGAGGAUGACAGCGGCUCGUGUUGUGAAUAUGACGACUCAACCUUUGAAUCUACUGAUGAGUCAUUGCAGUCGGAGGAUAAGCUCAGUCUUGAAUCUGGAAAGUCACAUAGUGAAUCAAAAUCUGAGUCCAGUUCUGAAAUUAGUGAGUCCAGCGAACUUAGUGCAGACUCCGAAUCUGAGUUUAACCAUUCAGACCCUGCCAAGUCCCUUCCCGCAUGUGUGCGGGAGAAGUCCCAGACAAAGCAAAAUAAAUUAUUUGCCAAAGAAGCAGAUUUUCAGGCCAGGAAUUAUCUCAGGAGAAGAAAUGGGUUGCAGACUGAGAUGAAAAGAGGCUAUAGUGUGAAAAGCGAGCUGCAUGUUAAGAACAGGAAGUUCAGCCGAGAGCCUCUUAGUGAAAAUAGUGAGAAUUGCAAUGGAAAGAGAAAGGCCCAGACAGAAAAAAGUAGGCCAGACAAAGAAAAAAAUAAACAGGAUGAAAACCUAGAGAUCCAAAUUGGAAGAUCAGAAUUGGAAACUGAAGAAUAUAGUGGGGAGAGAAAGAGGCUUGCCAUUAAGAAAAAAGAGCAGAAUGAGAAAUUUGAACAUCAUGGCAAGAAAAAGUUUCAGAAAGGGAAGACUGACGGUCUUUCUGGAAAGCUGCAAAUUAAGAAGCCUCCAGCACAGAAGAGCAGAUCUUGCCGCAAAGAGGAGCUGGACACCAGAACUGGGCAGCCAACUGGGCAGAAACAGAGAUUUGACGAACCUGAUUCAGUUCUUGGAUAUAUGAGACCUAUCAGAAAGAAUACUGUUUCAUUGUCCCCCCAAAAGGGAGGGCAGAAUGGGAAGGCGGAUGUGCAACCACAAAAAAGUGAGCUGAAAGUUGGUAAGGCAAGAUAUUCUCAAAAGAAAGAGAUUCAGGCUAGGAGAAGCAAGUUGCAUGCUGGGAAGAGCAAGGUGAACAUUGAGAAAAAUGAUUUACAUGCUAUAAAGAACAAUGUGGAUGUCCAAAAAAGAGAACCACCGGUUGGGAAGAGCAAGAUAAAUGUCAGAAAAAGUAGAUGGCCUGAUGGGAGAGUGAAAAAAACAGCCCCUGAGGCCAGAGAGAACGCUGUGGAGAACAGCAGAUCAUCUUAUACAUGGAAAGUACCAGCUACUGUCUGGUUUGGCCCAGCAGAAAAUGCAAGCAGCUUUCCAUUCAGCGGGAUGACUGAAUUACUGUAUGGCCAAACAGUUUUAUCAGAUAAAAGAAAACUAUAUGGAACAAAUCCAACAUUGCGUUGUAACCAGGGGCCAAACAUCCAGUCAUGGAAUAGAAUAAACCAAUUACAUCUGAAGAAAAACUACCUUCCACACAUUGGUGUCUCUUUUCAGGAGAGGAAGACUUGGCCAACACAUAUAAACAAUCCCACUGAAAUAUAUACUUCAGAGGUCUCAUCUUCCUGUCCAAGAUGUUCCCAGUGCUGGUGCAAAUGGUUACACCAUAGUUUGUGAAAAUAUGCCCAAGUGCUGGACACUUGUUGCA